UCCAAUUUGGUGGAAGCCGAGCCGAGCAUGCGCAGUUGUUUACGGUCUGGGAACGCCUACAUCCUGGUACUGCUUGUCUCACGUGUUCAAACAAGCGGAACAGAGACAGUCUCUUCAUAUCAAAUGAACAGAGUGAUCCUCCAACUGUAGCUUUGGAUUUGAGUCAAGACCAAUGGCAGGCUGUCUGACAGAGUUGAUCACAGCAUGUUCCAAUGUCACACUGUCCGUCUCUGCCCUGUACACAGCAUAUCAGCUCUUCAAGGACCACAGAGCUCCAGCGGUGGGUUUCUUUCUGCUCGGUCUCUCCUCAGGCCUCUGCACCCUGCCUCUCUCCUUCAGCCCAUACCUGACCUCUGUACAGGGGGACCUGGAGUGGGCCGGCGAGGUCCUGGCUCCACCGCUAGUCUCCUUCGGCUUCCUGUGGCUCAGCGAAGACCGCACCACAGCCAACAUCCUCCUUAUUGGCUCAGCUCUCCUCCCGGUGCUCUGCGAUUGGCUGUCAGCGGACGAGUUGAUGCUGAUGUCACGCUGUCUGGCGCUCUCUGCCGUCUCCUGCUCGCUCACUGUGUGUCUGUUUGCAGGAAACGCUGUCGGGGCCCUGGGCAGUGUGGCCCUCAGCCUGCCCCAAAUGGUGGCCCCCAGGGUGGGGGUCAAGACUCUGGCUCCCCUUGUCUCUCCAGGGGCCACUGUGGGACUGCUUAAGUGGCUCCUGAAGGGCUCCAUGGCUGUAGGGUGCUGGGCCUCUGAGAAGGCACUUAGCAAGUACCUGUUGGAACUGAAGGACCUGGACUCCCCAUUUUAACUUGUUACCACUGUAACUCAGGGUUUCCCCAAACUCAGUCCCCAGGACCCCGGGGUUUCCUUUCUUUCCUAGGCACUACACCGCUUAUUCAAAGAAUCAACUAAUCAUCAAGCUUUGUAGUGUUUGGGCAAAAACCAAAACGUGCACCCCUUGGAGUCCCGAGCGUGGAGUUUGGGAAACUGUAACAUCACUGUAACAGUUACUGACUGUCAGAACAGUUCAAUAGUCCCUCACACAUGAUAAUGACUGAUUGUUAAGUUGAUGUGGUCUCAUGAUGUGCACAUAGAGCUGCUGACAGAAGAGAACCAGAUGGAGGGUCUAUUUAUUUUGUCCUGCAGGGCCUUGCCUUAUAGAAGUAGAACGAAUAGAACGGUCUGGAACCUCUGACCAUGGCGAUUUGACUGGUAAAGUCAUGGGUGCACUCAAAAUGAGCAAGCUUGUUCUACUUAUUCUAGUACUGUGGCUUGCCUUUGAUCUGUAGCCAAUAACCUUUCCAAUUCCUACUGGCCAAUGACCUUUCCAAUCCCUACUGGCCAAUAACCUUUCCAAUUCCUACUGGCCAAUGACCUUUCCAAUCCCUACUGGCCAAUAACCUUUCCAAUUUCUACUGGCCAAUGACCGUUCCAAUUCCUACUGGCCAAUGACCUUUCCAAGAGAUGAUCCAUAUAAUGAUGCAAUUCUGCCAAUUUGGAGGUGACAUGAUCCACCAUUGGGACAGGUGGGUGUUGCCAGUGUAUGAGCACUGUCAAGGGCGUUGUUCUACUUGUUCAGCUUAUUGUCAUGGCCAGGGAGCUCUGCUCUGUUAUCCAAGUAUUUUCAUCUAUGCAAGUCGAAGAAGCACUGGUGUCUAAUUCUAAAACUGUAAACAUUAUUGAUGAUAUUAGUAACAGCGGUUAAUAAUAUUUUAUGUGUUAAAAUAUUGAUUUGUUAAAGUAUCAACAAAAGGAGUAGUGCUUGGAUCUAACGCUUGUAUGUACUGAUUGUCAUGGGUCACUAAUACUCCCAACCUCUUCCACUCCGUAUGUUAGAAAGUCUAAUUCAUCUCUGGAUGUUGAUUUACAGGACAGUGUCAUUACCAAUUGGCUAUAAAAGAUUCUAUCUGCUUACUCUGUGAAAAUAUCCUCCCAACGGUGGCUCUAUGAGGAGGAUGGAAGUGCCUUCUAGACAUUUACUACUGUCUAUGUCUAUGAGUGUGCCUCCCAAAUAUCACCCUAUUCCCUAAAAGUAGUGCACUACUUUUAAUCAGAGCCCAUUUUGGGAAUAGGGUGGCAUUUUGGGGCACACUCGGUUGAACCUGGGCUGGCUUGACUUCAGUGUCUUGUCCUACGAUGAACACCAAACAGCUUGUACUAGACUAUGCUCACUGUGAAGA